AUGAAAAGUGCAUCAGAGAAGUUCUUGUACUUUGCAUUUGGUUCGAAUUUACUCGAGAGCCGAGUAAAGAUCAACUCCCCCAGCGCAGAAUUCAUCUGCUACGCGACGCUCAAGAAUUACGAGCUUGUCUUUGCUGGCUGGUCUGAAAGAUGGCAAGGGGCUUCUGCAACGAUCAUCGAAAGCCAAGAAAACGAUGUGAUUGGUUGUGUGUACUCAAUUGAUAAGGAAAAUCUCGCAGAACUGGAUCGUCAAGAAGGAGUUCAUCAAAAUAUUUACGAGCCCUUGGAGAUUUCUGCUUUGGGAAGUGAUGGAAAGAAUUAUCUCUGCAGGACGUAUUAUAAAAAGGACGUGGCUGAAGGGAGAACGAAACAGGAUCCACCAAGCAAGGCUUACGUGAGUGUGAUCAUUUCCGGAGCAAAAGAGCACAAAUUCCCUGAGCCGUACAUUUCCCAAUUAGAAACAAUCGAACACAACGGAAUAUUCGACAUUCCAAUGUUGAAAAAUAUCGAAGAAGGGAGGAAAGAAGAUGAUGAGCCUGAUCAAUGA